UUUUCCGGGGUCAUUGCUAUAUUGCUUAAAUAUUUAUUAUUUAAUAAUAAUUUAUAUUAUAGUGCUUUCAGAAUUACUGCAUAUUACAUUUGCUUUGAAAAUUUGAACUGUUCAACUGUUUGAAGACAGAUUAGUAGGUUCAGUUGUUCAGUAACUGUUUGAAAUAAGACUUUUGAGUACUUAAGUCUUAAUAAUAUCACUUUUAACUUAUGUCUUCAGUCUUUAUUAUUUUAGCAAAUAACUUUUAUAUGCAAUUUUUAAUGAAAUAAUGUUUGUCUGCUUAAUGUUAAUUUAAAUGAAAAUACAAUCAUUUAGAUAUUUGCUAUUAGCAUUCAGUUGAUACAUAUAUUCAUAAUUGUGCAUACCUAUUGUCAUAAGAAAAAUAUUUAAACAUGAUUUUAAAAAAGAUUUCUGUUUGUUGUCAUACACUUGUACGUUUUUGUCAUUCAAAUGUUAAAUGGAAGGAAAGAGUAUUUUCUGGUAUUCAACCAACAGGAACCCUACAUUUAGGUAAUUACUUUGGUGCUGUGUCCAAGUGGGUUCAAUUACAAAAUGAAAACAAGGAAGUCGUAUUCAGUAUUGUUGACAUGCAUUCCAUUACUUUGCCAUACAAUACUAAGGAUUUAGAAAAGAAUGUUUACCUAAUGGCAGCUAGUUUGAUUGCAUGUGGAAUCGAUCCUCAAAAAAGCACUCUAUUUUUGCAAUCUCAGGUACCUGAACAUACACAAUUAAGUUGGGUUCUUGGAUGUUUGACUACUAUGCCUAGAUUGGGCCAGUUGCCUCAAUUUAAAGAAAAGUCCUCAAUUUUGAAAGAUGUUCCUCUUGGUUUGUACUUAUAUCCAGUUUUACAAGCUGCAGACAUACUUUUAUAUAAAGCAACUAAAGUACCAGUCGGCGAAGAUCAAAUUCAACACUUGCAGUUAGCUCAUAGUUUAGCUCGUACAUUUAAUAAACGCUUUGGUGAAACGUUUCCUGUACCUGAAGUCCUUAUUCAAAAGGAUUGUUCUUCAAGAAUAAGAAAUCUUCGUGACCCUAUGAAAAAAAUGUCUAAAUCUCAUCCAGAUGCCCGUGGGAGAAUAGAAAUUACUGAUGAACCAGAUGUCAUUGUUGAAAAAGUUAAAAAAGCUGUUACAGAUUGUAAAUCUGAAGUAACAUAUGAUCCUGAAAAUAGACCUGGUGUUUCAACUCUUCUAACUAUGCAUUCACUUAUUUGUGGACUAUUGCCAGAAGAAAUUUGUGAAGAAAAUAUGCUAUUGGACACUGGGCGGUAUAAAUCUAUAGUAGCAGAAGCAUUAGUUGAAAAGUUUACUCCAAUUCGUCAAGAGAUUUUAAAAUUAAUAGAUUCGCCAGAAUACUUGAGCAAAGUUCUACAAGAAGGACAACAGAGAGCAAAUUUGAUUGCUUUAGAUACAUGGCAAGAAGUAGCUUCAAAAAUUGGUACAAUACCAAACAAUAAGAUUGAAAUUCAUACAACAAAAAUACAAAAUAAUUAAUUAUUUAAUACUAUAGAAUUGUUUCUAACAUUAAAGAAUUUCAAUUUUUAUUUAAACAA